GAGAGAGUUUGGAUUUUGUAAACGGAAGAUAAAAGUGAAGAUAGAAAUAAAGAGAGACGAGCUAGUUGAUUUUAACGAUAAGAUGUCGCCGCCGGUCGAGAUGAUGAACAAAAUCAGUAGCAUUGAAGGCGACGAUGGUCGUGAUCCAGAAUUGGUGGUGCAGAAACGACUGUUACAUUCUGACCUUGAUCCUAAUCAAAACAGGCUUCUGAUUCCGUGGAGGGAGAGUCAUUACAAAGACCCCGAGGAUGACUUGAGGGUGCUGCUGGUGGAACCAUGUCUUGAGGAAACCGAGUUGAGUUUGAGGAAGUGGUGCAGUUUCGUGCCAGGAGUUUCUGAUUUUGGGUUGUCUAAGCUAGUAAGGAGAAAGCAAAGCCAAGUGGUGACAACAAUGAGAGGAACACCAGGAUAUAUGGGCCCUAAGUGGUUGAAGUCGGUAAUCACAGAAAGGGUAGAUGCAUACAGCUUUGGUAUUGUUGUUCUGGAAAUUUUAUGUGGCAGAAAAAAUGUUGAUCGAUCCCUACCAGAAGAGGAUGCCAAUUUGGUAAGCCUUUUUAAAAGAAAGGUUGAGGAUAGUCAACUUCUGGAUCUAGUGGAUAAGUACAAUGAGGAGCUGCAAUCAAAUGCAGCAGAGGUUGUGGAGAUGAUGAAAGUUGCGGCAUGGUCUUUGCAAGGUGAAUAUGCUAAGAGGCCUUCAAUGUCCAUCAUGGUGUAGUUUAUCUGGUCCAAGGUGAUGAUAUGGGGAAAGAGAAGACAUAAAACAUGUGCUGAGAUGGUAAUACUUCAUUUCUAGCUUCUGUUUUUAGUCAUUAUAUUGCCCUCUGUUCCGAAGAUGUUCCAAAGCAGAAAGUAGAAUGCAAAUUACUACUCCUACUUGAAUUAGUCGAUCUAUUUUCCAUUCUUUAUUGGGAAUCAGUAUGGAUGCUUUAUGUAUAACGUUUUUUAUGGUAAUAUUUUAUUUUUGGAGUUUCUUGUAAUGUUAAGAUAAAUUAGUUUUAAGUGA